AUGACGGACGCCACCAUCAAGUGCCUCCGCGAUCAGCUCGCGGAGCACACGGCCGUGGUGGAGGAGAAGAAUGCUCUCACGAUGAAGCUCGCGGAGAAGGAGAAGGACGCGAUACGGAUCCUCACAGAGCUCGAGGCGGAGCGGAAGUGGACCGACGGCUACAAGGCCGACAUCAAGAUCCUCUACGAGGAGAACCAGAAGCUCCAAGCGCAGAUUGUCCGGCUGGAGAUGGACCUGGACCUGGAGGAGACCACGCCCGAGCUCGGCACCAGCGUGGGCAUCAAGGCCAUGGAGAUCAAGGGCUCGGCGGGAAAGGAGACGCGGAAGAUGCUGGACCGGAAAGACUUUGAGCUCCUCAAAGAGACCGGGAAGAUGCGUUGUCGCGUCAGGAAGCACUUCCUGAAGAUGGCGCACGUGAACCGCGCCGUGCGCUUCGUGCUCUUCCUGUCGCUGAUCCAAUGGUUCCAGGCCUUCACGGGGCUCUUUGAGAACUGGGCCCCGGCCAUCGCCAAGGGCCGCGGCGCGCCGCCCCGGCUGGUGUCCGUGACGCUUCUGGCGCUGCUGAUGCCGCUCUCCGCGAUUCGGCUCUUCGCUUGGCUGCUGCAGCCCGCGGGCAGCGGCGUGGUGCGUCGCACCCUGGGAGGCGUGCCGCACCACAUGGCAGACACGGCCCUGGUGACGGCCUGGUGCUGGUGGUCCAUCCUCGCUGUGUGGGUAGUGGUGCGGCCACAGCUCUGGAGCGAGGCCGGCUUCCGGCUGAGGAAGGUGCGCUCGGACGAGGAGUGGCGGCACCUCACGCUGCUUUUCAAGUACACCCUCUUCUUUUGGAUGGCGGUGCACUUCAUCCGGGGCUGCGUGGCACAUGGCUUCGCCGCCGCGCAGACGGACCUGAUCACCAUCAGCUUCUUGUACCCCAUGUUGCUUUGCUUCGUGUGGACGGCCACCUUCGUUGGGGUCUCCAUGUUUGGGCUCGUCAACUCCUCGCUGGGGAUGGUGGGCUUCCUCACAGCACCGCCAAUCGCCUGCCUCGCGUUUGCCUGCUUGCUGUGCGCCUGGGUGGACCGAGACCACGCGCUGCUGAUCUCCCUCACCUGGCUGCAUCUCCUGCGGAACUUCCUGCGGGUCUUCGGGUACUGCGCGCGGCUGCUGCAGAUCUGGGCAUUGCCCAGCGGCACGGCGCCGGCCCGGGAGGUGGAGGUGAAGUUCGCCGUGAACCCCGCGCCGCGGACACCGUUUUGGCCCUCUCCGCUCUCCGCGCCGGACGACCCUCCUCCCGCCCCCCCGGCCCCCGGCGGCAUGUUGGCGCUUGGGGUGUCGCUGACCUCCCUGGCCCUGGCGCUGGCGGAACCGGCGCUCUUCGAUGCGGAGCCCUUCGGGCGAGGGGCGCUGCGGGGAGAGGAUCCCUUCGCGGAGGAGACUCCGGUGAGGGAAGAGAGGUGGCUGAAAGACAUCAGCACCAGCGAGAAGAACCACUUCAAGAAGCUGCUGCAGCCUCUGCAGACUCCCAUCGUGCAGGAGUACCAAGUACUUACCAUUCUGGACUCCUAUGUGAACUACACCAUGCAGAAGAUUGCCAAUGCCACCGGCUCCGAGAUCGUUUGGAACCGCACCAGCAGCCGGCGGCUGGAGGAGCCAGCCUCCGAAGCGUCUUCCGGGACUUCCGCGGAGGAAGAGCUGACGCGCUCGUAUGGCAGGAGGCGGCGGUCCACGAGUCAGGACCUGCCGCCGCGGGCGCGGUAUGUCAACAAGAUCCUCAUCUACAUGAACAAGGAGAUGGAGGCGGUGUGGAACUACAACACCAUCGUGGACCGGAAGCGCUGGGGCGUGGGCAACGUCAUCACCAGCUCGCCCUACGGGCCCCACGGCGAGCACCCCGAGCGCUGGCGCCGGAACGGGACCUUCCCCUUCCCUCGGCAGGCGCCGAACAACACCAUCCUGCUCCAGGAGAAGGUGGUGCCUCUGGAGUUCACUUUGAAGGCCGAGGACAGGAAGUAUGACAACAAGUACGCCCAGCAGCUGCAGGCGGACUACAUGUCCCUGGUGGACAACAUCAACGAUGCCAUCCAAAAGAUCAGCGACCUGCGGGACAGGCUCUGGAAGAUGGACGCCUUCGCGGAUCAGUUUGUGGCCCUCCCCUCGGGGGUGUGGAACAAGAUCGACGCCCACUAG